CAGCAGCGCGUGUUCGUGUUUUUCUUAAUACAAUUUUGUGCUAUUACUGGAAAUUUAGGGAAAAUCAGUGCGAAUUCGUUAUAAGUUUACUUAAAAAGGUAGUAUAAGCACAAUGGAAGUGGAUUGCGAUCGCGUUUGCCGUAAUCUCCGGCUGUUGCGGGAACAGUUCGAUUGUGUGCAAGUAGAAACGUUUUUAAGGUUAUCGAAAAUAACUUCAUCGGACAUGGACGAGUUAGCCUUGGUGCUGGGCCAGUUGAUAGAAGAUCCAAAAUACACCGAGGAAAUCGGUGAUAAAUUUGGGAACAUACUACUUCUAAUAGUCGCUAAUACAUUUAACACUAUUAAGGAGGAUAACGGAAGGGACACAUUCGAACCGAGGGCUGCUGAGAGACAUCGCCGAAAAUGCGUUGCCUUAUCGAAACUAAUCAGUUGCUGCCCGAGUGUGCUAAGGUUCAGCAUAUUGUUUUUUCGCCACAAUCCACCACCUUUCGGUGUGGAAGAAUUAUUGAACUAUGUUCCGAAGAGUAAACAGCAGAAAAGUGGCAAACUACCGGUCACGGAUCUGGAACUGGUUCAGUGCUGUUAUCGUUUUCUGAUGGCAGAUACGACUUACUUUCGAUCAGCUUGGAAUUGGUCGGAUUUUUUCGAACGAUUCGGUGGAAAAGGUUGCCAUCGGCAAAGGUAUUUCUAUAAUAGAAUCGUAGCGAUGAUUACUGGUAUGAGCCAGAGGCAGUUGAAUGAAUUGGAUCGGGACAUUCCAGUGGAAGUGGUCGUCAACGAACAGAUGCUACAGAAUGUCGUCGACUUGAGGCGAGAUGUUUCGGAAGUGUCCGGCAGGAAAAUUCGUUGGGAUUUUAAGAGUAACGUCGUCACUAAUGUGGGAGACGUAAUUCUGCCGAUAUUUGACGUAGACAAUUGCGAGUUUUAUCGAAGUCAGGCAGGUCAGAGGAACGACUUGGUGAUUGUUGAUUCGACGAAGUUGAAUUUGAGGAGUUUGGCGAUGGGAGUUUCAUCAGGAAAAGCAAUUUGUUUGUCUGGACCGGUUGGCUGUGGGAAGACCUCACUCGUGGAGUACCUAGCUAGAAAGACCGGGAGGAUUGGUCCGAAGGUUCAGGAGAUAGAACGAAGGCUGAAAGCACAGACAAAACAGAGAAGUAACAAACGAAAAGCCAAUGGAAAUGCUGAAGAAGCGUUUGAUUUUAAUUUUGAGAAGUUAAGAAAGGAAGCACCCAUGAAUGGGUUUCUUCGCGUUCAGUUGGGUGAUCAAACCGAUAGUAAGAUGCUGCUGGGACAGUAUCGAUGUACGGAUACUCCGGGGGAGUUUGUCUGGCAGCCGGGAGUGUUGACGCAGGCUGUCAUCAACGGUUACUGGUUGCUGCUGGAGGAUUUGGACUCGGCGACGCAGGAUGUUUGUACGGUGCUGACAAAUUUGUUGGAAAAUAAUUACCUGAGUGUUCCUGGUUUCCGAGACUGUCUUCGAAUCGAACCUGGCUUUCAGUUGUUUUUGACACUUCGAACGCACAAGUCGAGUAGUGCGGCUCCGAGCACUUAUAAUCUGUUGGAAAAGUAUUUGUAUACGGUGAAUGUGCUGCCACUGAGUCGACCGGAGCUUUGUUCGAUUAUUUGUACGAAUUUUCCGAAGCUAAAAACAGUAGCUAGCCGGAUUGUGGAUAUUUAUUUGACCUUUUCAAGCGGUUGCCAUGCAAUUGGGAAUGAGGAGAUCGAUGAAAAUAUGGGAAUUUUGGAGGAAGCUCGAGACGCUAAAAGCAACGGAAUUUCGGAGGAGAAUGAGGAUUGUCUACCAAGAUUUCAAUAUGAUAAUUUGUUGGGUAGCUUACCGACUUCGGGUCGUUUAGUUUCCACCAGGGAUCUGAUCAAACUGUGCAGAAGAUCGGAGCAAAGUUUUUCCGUUACUAGUAUGGAGUGUGCCUAUUUUGCGUUUCAGAACGCAGUGGAUUUGUUUUGUUCCCAUCUGCCGGCCGGAGAUGCUAAACGGAAUUUGGUGGUGAACAUCGGCGGUAAGAUUGGUAUUAACAAGAGUCGCUGUGAGCAUAUUUGCGAUGAUUACAAACCAGGUGUUGAUGUGUCUGCUUCGGCUGAAAUCAAAAUUGGUCGAGUGUCGCUUAAACGAAGCUCCGGGACAAUGGAGCAGGAAAAUGAUGAGAAUGAUGAAACGUUUCUGUACAAAAAGCUCCGACUGGAUGAAAAUGCUUCUUCAAAGGUCAAGACGCAAAGUUUUAAAUUGCAGAGUGAAGCUCCGACAUUUUCUUUUACGCGUCCGGCAUCGUGCUUGCUGGAAAGGAUAGCCGUUUCAGUGGCUCAAAAUGAACCUACCCUGCUGGUCGGUGAGACGGGAGUCGGAAAAACUAGUUCCAUUCAAUAUCUGGCCUAUCAGACACGUCACAAGCUGGUUGUGGUUAACAUGAACAACCAAUCGGACGUGUCCGAUUUGAUAGGAGGCUUCAAACCGGUAGAUUUGAGCUACGUGGUAACUCCGCUUCGCUACGAGUUCGAAUUUCUCUUUAACAAAACCUUCAACGCACAGAAAAAUGAAAAGUUCCUCACGAAUGUAAGCAUCUGCUACAAACGCGGCGAGUUCAAUGUUCUCGUCAAACUGAUGCUGAAAAUAACGGAAAAAGUAUUUGCACGAACAACCACCGAAUCGAAUCGACAGGAAGGGAUCUAUGAGAAAUGGGCAAACUUGCAGCAAAGCCUUCAAAAGCUCGAUUCCCAGUUGAAGAACUCUGUGAACGUUUCAUUCGCAUUUAUUCCUGGCUCGCUGGUCAACUGCAUCCGCAAUGGAGACUGGGUACUGCUGGAUGAAAUCAAUUUGGCCUCAACGGAAACGUUGGAAUGUCUGUCGACCAUCCUCGAACCGGAUGGGUCGAUUAUUCUGCUGGAGAAGGGAGACUUUGUUCCGGUGAAAAGACAUCCGGAUUUUCGUAUCUUCGCCUGUAUGAAUCCAAACACAGAUGUCGGAAAGAAGGAUCUUCCGGUUGGCAUUCGGAAUCGUUUCACGGAGUUUUUUGUUGAUGAACUUAUCACGGAGAAUGAUUUGCUGAUUCUGGUGAAUGAUUAUCUGGGCAGUACGGGGAUUCAGAAGGUUCGGAUUUUGAAUACGGUGAAACUCUAUCGAAGAUUAAGGGCACUAUCGCAGCUGGAACUGAGUGAUGGUCUUGGAAAUAAACCAGUUUACUCGUUGCGAACGCUCUGUCGGGCUUUAAGCAUAUGUGCGAAGAAUCUGUGUGGUUCAAUCGAACGUAAUCUGUAUGAGAGCUUCUGUCUCAGCUUCCUAACUCAGCUGGACAUAAAAUCACAUCAAAUUGUGCUAUCAUUCAUCCAGCGGACACUUCUGAAUGACAUCAAUCAAGCUAUCUCCCAUCAGAUUCCUAAGCCAAGUCAGGGAGAACAGCUAAACUUUGAAGGGUACUGGAUCGAAAAGGGACCGAAAGAAGUUCAGGAAUGCGAGAGCUACAUUCUAACUAGCAGCGUCCGAAGCAACCUUCGAGAUUUGGCUCGUAUCGUUUCUAUCGGGAAGCUACCAGUGCUACUACAGGGACCAACCUCCGCCGGUAAGACCAGUCUGAUCGAGUACAUUGCUAAGCGUAGUGGAAAUGUGUGCCUUCGAAUCAACAAUCACGAGCACACCGAUCUGCAGGAAUACAUCGGAACGUACGUGGCAGAUGUGACCGGUAAAUUGUCUUUCAAAGAGGGAGUUUUGGUUGAAGCCAUGCGCAACGGUUAUUGGAUUAUUCUGGACGAGCUGAAUCUGGCUCCGAGUGAUAUUUUGGAGGCACUGAAUCGUGUCCUCGAUGACAACCGGGAACUGUUCAUCCCUGAAACGCAGGUCGUUGUCAAAGCGCACGCUAACUUUAUGCUGUUUGCCACCCAAAACCCACCGGGUCUGUACGGUGGUCGCAAAAUGCUAUCCCGUGCCUUCAAGAAUCGAUUCAUCGAGCUGCACUUUUCCGAAAUUCCCCGAGACGAAUUGAAGGUGAUCCUGGAGAAGCGAUGUCUCAUUCCCAAAUCCUACUCGGAGAAAAUGGUCAAAGUCAUGUCUGACCUUCAACAGAACCGUCGCAGUACCAGUAAGCAAAAUUUUACCCUUCGUGAUUUGUUCCGGUGGGGAAAUCGGUAUACUUUCGCUGAUCGAAAACUUUUGGAAGACACCGGCUACGAUUGGAAUCAGCAUCUAAUCGAUGAAGGUUAUCUGAUCCUAUCGUCGAAAGUGCGCAACUUGUACGAAACGAAAAUCAUAGAGAAAGCUCUGUUUACUCACUUUCGGAAACAGGUUUCGGAAGAGAAUCUUUUCUCCUUGGGAAAAGAUACAUCCAAGGUCACCCGUGAUAUUCUGGAGAAGCUGGAGAAACAAACCGUCUUCGACGGUAUAGUUUGGACAUUCGACAUGCGUCGAAUGGCAGUACUGACCGCUAAAGCACUGGAAUUCAACGAACCUGUUCUGCUGGUCGGUCCCACUGGAUGUGGAAAGACCACCAUCUGUCAAAUCUUAGCAUCUGUUCGGGGAAGAAAUCUAAGGAUCCUCAACUGUCACAUGCAUACUGAGGGAGCGGAUUUUCUUGGUGGUUUGCGACCAUUCCGAGAGGCAGAUUCGGCGGAGAAAGAUUCCCGACAAUUGUUUGAGUGGUCCGAUGGUCCACUGAUACUCUCGAUGGCGGAAGGAGGGUUUUUCCUGGCAGAUGAAAUUUCCCUUGCGGAGGAUUCGGUGCUGGAACGAUUGAACUGUGUGCUGGAACCGGAGAGGACACUGCUGUUGGCGGAGAAAGGAGGAGUUUCUGCGCAGGCCUGUGAGUUUGUGAUAACCGCAGCGGAAGGUUUUCAGUUUCUGGCAACAAUGAAUCCGGGGGGAGAUUUCGGUAAGAAAGAACUUUCACCGGCGUUAAGAAAUCGGCUGACUGAGAUCUGGUGUCGGGCUACAGACUCCAAGGAAGAUCUAAUUCGUAUCGCCGAACACUCACUACGCAAAGGUCUGUCCAAUCCUGACGCUAACCUGGACAAAGUUGCACAAGUACUGAUCGACGUGGUAUUCUUACUACGGAAGAAAAUCGACAAACUAAACUUUAGCAUUCGUGACGUGCUGGCUUGGGUUGCGUUCAUUUGCAAAAAUCAAUCGAAUCUCUCCUUAGCAGAGUCGCUCGCCUACGGCUUAGAAACAGUUUUCCUGGAUUCGUUGGAAAUGUUACCGUACGAAACGUACGACGAGAUUGUAGCUAUACGUCAGGAGAUCCUCGCCAGUUUAAACCUCCUGAUCGAAGAUUUGCUAGGCAUCAAACAAAUCAAUCUCAAUCGAGGAACUGCCGUCCAAUCAACGGAGCUGACCUUCGGAAUCACACCUUUCUUCACCCAACUUAACCCGGAUCAACGAGACCGUCAGACAGAGUUCAUGUUCAGUGCCCCAACAACUCAGAAAAACCUGUUCAGAUUACUUUCCGCUCUCACUUUGGACAAGGCAAUUCUGCUGGAAGGUCCACCAGGAGUUGGAAAAACAUCUCUAAUAGAAAAUUUAGCUCGAGUCACCGGAUUCGCUAUUGUCAGAAUCAAUCUCUGCGAACACACCGAUCUAGCGGAUCUCUUCGGAACGGAUCUACCAGCAGACGAUCACGUGCUCGAAGGUACCGAACCUCGCUCCACCAAACUAGGUUCGUUUGUAUGGCGCGAUGGCCCCCUUCUGGCAGCACUCAAAGCUAAAAACACCUGGAUCCUACUAGAUGAACUUAAUCUUGCUCCUCAAAGCGUCCUGGAGGGCCUGAAUGCCAUUCUCGAUCACCGAGGUGAGGUAUUCAUUGCCGAACUGAACAAAACUUUCAAGCUAAACAAACGAACACGAAUUUUCGCCGCUCAGAAUCCUCUCCGCCACGGCGGAGGUCGUAAGGGACUACCUCAAUCCUUCCUGAAUCGAUUCACCAAAGUUUACCUGCGGAAACUGGAACGAUCCGAUCUGCUACAUGUCAUAAACGGAAAAUACAACAACCACUUCACAAACAUCGGUGAACAAUUGAUUCGCGAUCUCGGACGACAGUCCGGUGGAGAAUUCAGUUAUUUUGAAGCUUUAGACUCCCCGGAAGCAGAAUCGAUCCGAUUUGACCUAUCCGAGCGAAUGGUGCGGUUCUCGGAAACGCUGGAAACCGGUAUCGCCAACUUGGAGUUUGGCUAUAAGGGAGGUCCUUUCGAAGCAAACCUACGGGACAUUCUACGAUGGAGUGAAUUCCUUUGCAGUGAACGAACCGGAUUCUUUCACAAACGCUUUACAGCAGCUCCCUCGUCGCAUCACAAUUUUCUGUUGGUUCUGUUCGAUAAAAUGAAACUAGUGUACUACCAGAGGAUGCGAACCGACUCGGACAAAAACUACAUCCUGUCGACGUUCGGUCGAGUGUUCGCUUGUGACGCUUUCGAGUUGGAUCAGCUAUCUCGGGACGUCGGCGUAUAUUGGACGGAUGAUAAGCUCUAUCUAGGCGACUUAGUGCUGGACAAGACCGGUCGAGAAAGCGAUGAGAUGAGCAAUGCGUCACGGCAAACAGCACAAAUGGCUCCUCUUUUGCUGACAAGCCAAAUCGAAACGUUGAAAAGUGUUGCCGAAUGUACCAUGAUGGGUAAACCGGUGAUUCUUUGCGGGUCUAGUGAUUGUGGGAAGACCAAGCUGGUACAUCUGCUAACGACAUUGAGUAAGCAGUUUUGCAAUGUAGAUACCAUUGAUGAUUCCGUUACCGGGAGCUUCCAGCAGUUUGAUUUCAAUCGGCAUUUGGAGGAGAUUUCUGCCUGCAUUGAAACGUUUGUGUUGGACACCGUUAAGGGAGCUGUACUGGGUGGAGGCAAGGACGGGCGAAAAUUAUUGGUACAGGUGAUCAGUAGUUGGGAAAAGUAUGCACGGUUGAAUGAUGGUAAACUUGCAUUCACCACGCAGAACAUCCAAGCGGAAGAACUCGCUCUGUUCCGAAAACGCCUCAUCGCACUGCAGGACGUAAUCACUCUACUAGGCAACCACAGCCAGUAUGUCCGCGAUCAUCCCCGCCUCCGUUCGAUGGACACCAUUUUGAACACACUGUUCAACAUCUCCAAACAGGCGGAAACUCUCAACACCGGUGGACACUUUGAGUGGGUAGAUUCGAAGGUAGUCAAAUCCCUGAAACAAGGUCAGUACAUCUGUCUCGAACAUGUAAAUCUAUGUUCGUCGGCUAUACUGGAUCGGUUGAAUCCGAUCUUCGAACCGGACGGUUCGUUGCUGCUCUCGGAGAAGGGCGUCGAUGGGAAGAACGAAUCGGAAGUAAUUCGCAAGCAUGUGAAUUUCCGAGCUUUUCUAACGCUCGAUCCUAAGCAUGGGGAAAUUUCUCGCGCUAUGAGGAAUCGGUGUGUAGAGUUGGCGCUGCACAAGGAUCAGUAUGGGAAUGAUGAUUUGCGGAAGCUGGUGUAUGAGAAUGGCGUACGAGAUGGUUGGAUGAUCUACGCGAUUCUUGCGGUUCAUCGAGAAGUGAAGAGCGUGUCCGAGUUUAAUCAGUUCGGUAUUGCUCAUGUGGUGAAGUUUGCCUACUUGGUAGGUCAGAAUCAACGGAUGGGUAUGGCGGAAAGGAAAUGUUUGAUGAUUAGUGCGCUGGAGGUUUACGUGAGAUCAUCCAGUACGGAUUUGCUGGGCCACGGAUUGGAUUUCUACAGAAAUGCUCUGAAGAGGGUGAUUCAGGAUCAGAUUGAGCGGGCGAGCGCAUCAAUUAAUGUGGUUAAUUAUGAAAACAUUAUGUUGAGAUCAGAUCAACUGACAAAAUUGCAGUUGAUUAAACUUCAAGCCGAGCCACUUUUGUGCAUUCUGAGAUGUCAUCUACAAGGUGUUUGCGAUAUUACCAAUGCUCUAAGUAACAUUGCUAGCGCAUUCCACGAACAGAACGAAAUUACGUUGGGGAAACUGAAAUACCUGUUGUACAUGUUGUAUGAAAUGAGCAGCUUCGAAGAUGCGAAAAGUCGAGAAAUUUAUUUGACAGAGUCGUUGAAGUCGAUUCAAAAAAUUGAUCCUGUUCAACCUAAAAGUGAAUCAACAACCAACAGUUCGGUAGUCAUUGAGGUUGAUUUUGAACUGAAGUCGUGCUCAGAAAACAAAUGGACACCUUCGACGCAGUAUCGAGACCUCGUGCACACUAAGCUGGAAAAAAUGGAAGUGUCGGAUGGUCCAAUAGUCGCGAUCGAUCAAGUUUUAAAGCAUUUACAAUGUCUUAAUCGGACAUUGUUUGACACUAUAGGCAUGGUUGUUCAUUCAGCUGGGCAUCUACCGUGGAAUCGAUCGUUGUUUCCUCAAAUUCGGGAAUACCAGGAAGACAUCGCUCCGGAGCAAUACCAAAUCAGUGCCCUACUCCUUCUCAACACUACGCUAGAACCGAUUGAAGUUGACAAUUCCAUUAAACUGAGCAAGAUCGAUGCAUUGACCUAUUCAAAAGCUGUUUCCUUGAAAAUGAUUAACGACAGUGUUGGAAACAGUCUGAUCUCACAACUCUAUCAGUUCCUCACAAGUUUUAAACCAUUGGUGGAAGAGGUUUUGAGGUCGUCCCACUUGGACUGCGUCACGUACACUAAACUUAUCGGAUCAUAUCUCUGGGUUAAUCGACUGAUCCAUCAAUCCCGUCAAAAGCUAUUCCGGAACAAAGAAGUUGAUUCUGGUUUGGUAGACUACAUCACACUUCAUAUCAAGUGGAUACAAAAACACUGUCUGUCCAUUUUUGAUGAUUCGAAUUGUACUCAAUUCAGGACUUUAAUCAAAUCUUUGGAAGAAUCAGUUCAAAGGAGCAGCCAUCCGCUAGUUGCGCACCGAAAGAUGUACUCAAAAAGCUUCCUAAAUUGUUUGCCACUCUACACGCAAGAGCAGGUUUCUUAUCACCAAGCGAUCGCAGAAUUCAAUGAAAGUAUACGUUUGGUUCCCCGGUUGACACGAUUGUACGACUACGAAGAGUUCCUCCGUCGGGUAGCUAUACUGAAUCAUCCCAGGACAAUCGAUGUGAGACGGUCGUUGCUUGCGAAACCAGUUCGACCGCCUAUGGCGAUCGGUGGGGAAGUUGUCGUUUCGACGAUCGACAACGAGGCGUUCAGUCAGCUGGUUAGAUUGAUUAGAGAAUGGCAGGACGUGAGAGCGGAUGAGUUGGAUGAACGACUGUCAGAGGAUAGUGAAAAAUUGAAGGAUUUUGGCAAGUUUGUCGCGGCGUUUGAAUCGUCCGGUGACUACAGCCAUAAAUUUGAGAUUGAGAUGUUGCCAAUUUAUGAGUAUUUUUUGCUGAAAGUGUUGGUUGGAGGUUCGGUUGUGAACUACGACUACGUCGCAGGUGUUCGUUCGCUGAAUCUGGAUGCGUUGGAGUUGCUGAAGCAAUUGAGGGAUACUCGUCACAGGCAGGUACUGGAAGUGACGACUGUACUGACGAAGUUGAUCGAAUCUGAGAAGGACUUUGAGACUUGGUUGCCAGCUUUACCGUCAGGAUUUUACCGGGAGAUUACAAGCUACUUCAACUCACUGAAGCGACAGAUGUAUGAGUUACAGUUGAACUCCUUGGCUGUCAAUCAAGCUGUGUGCUAUCAAAACGAAACAGAGUCGGAGUACGAAGCUCACCUGGAUGAGGUAUCUAAUCAAUCUUUUCAUGGACCGGUGAUGACCACGAAUUGCCUAUCAAUUGUUCUUGGGGCUGGUGGAGAGGUGCGAUCUACCGGACUGGGUGAACUUCCAGAGUGGAGAAAAACGUUGAAACUUCUACGCGAUGUGAUCUGGUGUAAUUCAGGUGUUAUGAGAAAGGAAUUCGAUCAGCAGUACGUUGGAUUGGGAAAUGCGAUCGAGCAAGCGAAAAAGCUGUUGAUCGAGUACGACAUAGUGCAGAAAUGGUGCCCUCAAGAACUCGCACAUGUCGACGAUGGGAAAUUCGUUCAGAACUUUAACUUGCUAGCUGAAGAACUACGGAAAUUGGUGGAGCGAUCGAUGGCUUUACGGUCUGCUCUAACUUAUGAAGAACUUCGAAGUAGUACCAAUAGAAACCUACAGUGGCGUCUGUUGUCCUUGAUUCACUCUCUGUGUGGGGCUAUCGAGUUGAACCUUGUGGUUUACCUUCCCCUACUAGACCCAGUCGAGAAAAAUACCCUAAAGAAAACGUACACCAGCGAAGACAUCGAACACUAUCGCACGCUAGUGCAGGUCUACGAUUACAUGGCGAUCACAAUGAACUACCAGCAACUGGGAAAAGUUACUAAACAAUCGUUCUCAAACUAUGUGACCGCAUUGGAGGACAAACGUCACAAGCUAUGCCGCAAAGUUGCUUUGCGUCCGACGAGUAACAUCUACCCUGACCUGGUAAGGGACGUCAACAAUUUCCUAAUGUCAUGCUGUCACCCGGAGAGGAUCCUGGAACUGAUUCAAAACGCAUCCCACUGCGUUGAAUUUGAAGUUGACCUAAAAAAUCAAACCAACAACUGCACCCAAACCAAGAACUUCCAGCAGCGGGUCAACGAAACAAUUAAACAGAUCGAACUGUGGCUCAACACGGCCGAAAAAUUCGAACAUCACACAUUGAAACGGUACGGAGCCUACUAUCGGGACUUCCUGGAACCGCUGUGCUGUUCGAUCGCUACGUUAAAGUAUGGUUUGGAUGGUUUGAAACAUUCGCUGGUGAUUAGACGGGACUCGAUCGAGGUUAAGAGUAGUGGAGUGUUUUACGAUCUCGCGGAAAAUGAUGCACUGGCGAAAAUUGUCGAGAAAUUCGUACAGUUCCCGGCGGUUAAACCGAUUGAGCUGUUUGAUGAGGAAUCCAGUGGUCGUCAUAGGGUCAGCGUGUACUCACUGUUGGAGAAGUCCGGUGAUAGCGAGGGUAACUAUUUCCGGCUGUUGAAAUCGAAGCUACAGGAGGUUCGGAAUUUGGUUACACUGCGGGGUUGCUUGGGUGAGGAAGAUUUCGUUGACUUGGACAAGAUCGUGAAUGUCUGCAAUCAGGUUUGGCAGAAGCAGGAGCAUUUGCGACGAAAGAGGCAAGCCGAGGAUGAUAGUUUGUACCAGACGAAGAGUCACUGCGAUGAUGAAGAUGAGGAAGCUGUUGUUCAGCGAGAGAUCGGUGAUCUUUUCCCGAAUUACGUGGAUGAAGAUUUUGCUGAUUUUAUCCAGAACGAUACGCUGGAACAGGUUAUUAAGGUGGAUAAGGUGAAGCGAAACCAGAAGUUGACAGAAACGAUCAGCGGUGAGGAUUUCACUUUGAUCUGUGAGAGUUUCAUCUAUUUGAUGAACAAAUUUUCCCGAUCGUACUACUAUAUUCCGGAAACUGCCACGAACCUACCGGAAACGAUCGCACCGGAUUUCAUCGGUCCUUUCAAAACCAAAAUAGCGAUCUUUCAGCAAAUUCUUCGGAAGUAUCGAACGGCUUUCAACAGUAAACUGGACGAGAGCUUCUAUCCGGGUUUGAGUUUCCUGGUUGGUUUAGCUCAGGAAAAGUACGAUGAUAUGGAGUUGCAGAAUUCGACCACCGCGACCUAUAAUUUCUACAAAGAUUCCAAUAUCUCAGAAGUCGUACAGUGUGUUGAUGUUCUGAAAAAAGUUGAAACUCGGGUUCGGGCACUGCUCGAGGAGUGGCCGGAUCAUGCGGUGUUGAAGGAUAUCAUUCAAAUUUUGGAGAGAAUCUACGCUCUUCCAUCAACUGCUCCGAUCGUUCGGUUUAGUACCGGUCUGCAGCUGUUGCGACAGAAGAUUGACGAGUGGAACGGUGUAGCUCAUCGGUUGAAUAACUUACGUGAGCUGGAGGCGGAUAUAGUUGAAUUCGUGCAUCGUUGGAUGCGAAUGGAGUUGCAGUUCUGGAGGGACUGUAUGAGUCAAACGUACGAAAAUGUUAGAGCGAAAGCCUGUCGAUAUUGGUUCUUCGUGUACAAUCUACUGCACGAGUACCUGCAAAGUGAUUCAAGGGCGAAGUUGGGUAAUCUACUGGAUUAUAGGAAGGUUGAGCGUUAUUUUGGAGAGGACGAACUUUUGGAUGAAGACGAAGUAGAAGAUGGUAAGGUUCAGAUCGCGGAUCUAAUUCACGUGCUGAAGCAGUUCAUGGAGUCAUCGAAUUACGCAGAGUUCACCUCUCGUCUACGCAUUCUUAAAUCGUUUGAACAGUAUCUCAUGUACUUGAACUAUGACGAUAACCGUCGGAAGGACACCGUAAUCGCCGUCCUGUACAACCUGCACAUGUAUUACGACCAAUUCUCGGCGGAAAUCGAGGAACAUAUCCGAUCUAAACGAACACCCAUCGAGAAACGAUUGAAAGAAUUUGUCAAGAUUGAAUCAUUCAACAAGGACCUUUCCUACUUCAGCAUGCGUAAUAAUAUAGCCCGAGUUCACCGACAGUUGCACAAAUUCCUGAAAGAAUUUGAAACCGAGAUCAAGGAGAAAAUUCUCCCGGUAUUCAGUCCAAAGGAUCCUGCCAAGGAAAUCAACGACGCGGAGGAGCAAAAGGGAAAGAACCUCCGGGCGGAACCAAAGAUCACCUACUACAUGGUGGACGUGAAGAGCUUCAUGGCAUCGCCAAAACUAAGAAAGAAGUUUUCACUUGACGCUUUCUCGUUGACGACCGGACCGAACCAGGAACUGCUAGCUAAAAUCGAUCGCUUCUUCCUGACAUCUCGUAAUGUGGUGAAGGACGCCAUUCUACAUGCACCCUUCCCGGGAUUAAUCUACAGCCUCGACACGUUUCUUCACGAUCAAAUCGAGACGAUUGAGUACCUGCGCGGUUUGGAGGUCGAUCGCGAUCAACCGAAGCCCAAGCAGAAAUCACAAGCCAAACAGAUUCUGAACCAGAAGCGGAAAACACUGGCCGACUUUUACAAAAGUUUAACCCAGCUUGGUCUUAGCUAUCGCAGUGGACUUGUCGAGAAUGCCAUUGAAAACGAUCCCGUAGAUGUAAUGAUCAAACCAUUUUCGGUUGAAUUGUUAACACAAAAUAACAGGUACCGGAAGGUGGACCAGCAUAUUGUGUUCCUUAACGACAAACUGAGUCUGUACUACGCGAAAUGUGUCUUCAAGAUCAAGCUGCUGAUGAAGGUGAUGCUGCAACCGAAUCCGGACGUUGGACUAAUCAACAUCGAACGAAUUCGUGGGUUUGCGAUCGAUCUCUUUCUGGUGGUGCAGAAUCAACGGCGAGAAUUGUGCAGUUCGAUCGCUAAUGUGUGUGAACUGAGGGAUCGAAUUCAGGAUCUUACCCAGCUCAGUGGUUGUCUAGAUUCCAAAGUCCGGAAGUUCAGUUUCGAUUAUUCCAGGCGACAGUUGCGGGUCGUGCGAAAGUGUAUGAUCACCGUUCGGAGUGUUUUGGAACAGUUCAAUCUUCUGCUGAAAUGUGUUCCAGAGCAAGUUCGAGAGGAACUUACGGUAUUGAAAGGUGAAGAAGGAAUCACUCUGAGUUCGGUGGGUCCAAUAAGAAAAUUAUCCCAGGAUUGCUUGUGUCUGGUGAUCAAACUGAGUGAUGAUUUGAAAAAAUCGAAUGAUUCUUAUCUGACCGGUGAUUUUAUUGCCGUCGUAGAAAAACAGUUCAACGCAGUUCACGACAUGCUACAAACGCUCAGCGCUCAAAUGAAACUUCAAAACUCUGAUGAAUACUCAAUCUACGCUCGGUCCAUCCUCGAUCUUCUGAACAUCGUUCGCCUCGCUAUCAGCGAAUGGAAUAAAGAUAGCAAUCCGUCAACCUCCAAUGACCUGCACGACGAUCAAAGCUUAAAUAAUGAAUUGGAAAACAUAAUCCACACGAUCCUACUAGCCAUGCAGCACAUCUACAAAAAGUAUUCGUCCGAAACGAAAACGACCAUCGAAUCCACCCCGGAAGAAGAACACAAAUACACCGAAUCCGAUCUGCAACCGCAUCAUCUCAAACAGAAAAUCAACAGCGACUUGUUGCAGGACUUCCAGACGCUUAACCUUCGCAAAGUGAUCGCCAAGAUCAGCAACUUACUUUCCGUGCUAGAAUCAUUCCAAGAUCCGAUUCAAACCUCAGCUAUAAUACAGAAGCUAACGCGCCUCAUACCGAUCCUGGAGCAGUUCAAUCUUCUGGUUGAGUACUAUCUAAUUCAACAGCUGGGAGCGCACAAGAUCAGCACUAAGAUGCUGUCGGUUAUGUUAACAGUAUUUAUUGAACUAGGCAGCAAAGGUUUCUGCGUACCGAAAGAUUUACUGGGAGACGAUCAGGAAGCGGGUGGUGAACAGCAGCCCGACGAAGGUCAGGCUAGUGGAGAGAAGUUUGGCUUCGAGGAUGGCGAAGGAGAGAAGGAUGUGUCGAAUAAGAUCGAAAGUGAGGAUCAGUUGGACGAUGCCAAGAAGCCUGGACAGGAGGAUAAAAAUCAAGACGAGGACAGGGAUAAUAAGGAGGAGAAGGGCAUCGAUAUGAGUGAAGAUUUCGAUUCGAAGCUGCAGGAUGUGGAGAAACCGGAGGGCGACGAUUCGGAGGAAGAGAAGGAUAAUGACGAAGAGGACAUCGAUAAGCAGAUGGGUGAAACAGAGGAAGGAGCCGAGAAACUUGAUGAUCAAAUCUGGGGUGACGAUGACAGGAAGGAAGAGGAAGAGGAGGAGGAAGAUAUGGAAGAGGAAGAUGGCAAAGGUACCGCAGAGGAUGAUGAUAAGCACAACAACUUGGAUUCGGAGAAGGAAAAAGCGGCUGGCGAGGAAGAAGACGGUCUGGAUGCGAUCGACCAGGCGAAAGAUGAUAGAAAAAAGGAGAAGCCGAAGGAUAUCGACGAUCUCAAUAAUCAGGAAGGUGAAGAAGAACAGGAAAAUCCCUAUCACAAUCAAUUGGAAGAACCACCACAACCAGAAGAUUUGGACUUGGAUGAGGAGUUCAAUCUGGAUAACGAUGAUAAGCCGGAUAACCAGAAGGGUGACGAAGAGCAACAGGAGAAUCCGUUUGACGUUGACAAAAUGAAAGACAGUGCAGAUCAACAGAAUGAAGAAGAAGAUGAUUCAAAAGAUGACCAGAAAGAUGAACAAAAUGAUCAAGAAGAACAUGGAGAAGAUUCAUCAGAUGAAAAAGAAGAGGAAAAUAAUCCAGAUGGAGACUCCAAAUUGGAUGAUCAAGAACCUCAGGAAGACCAACCAAAACCGGAUGAAGACAUUCAGCAAAUACCGGAAGAAAGCAAAGAAGAUCAACAACCCGAACAGGAACAAAGCGACAAGGCUGACAAUAAAAAGAAAGAACCGAUGGAACAUCACGAAUCGAAGGAUAAACGAUCGGAAGAGGAUCGCAUCGAAGCAAUGCCUGACACGGAGAACAAAGGCACCAACGAUCAGGUGGCUAACGAUAAACCCGAAUCGAAGCAGGAAACUGAAAUGGACGAGCAGGACACCGGCGAGGACAAGGAUGGCGUUGGUCAAGCGGAAAACGAAAAAUCCGAUAGCGGUCAUCAGGGGAUAGCCGAAUCCAAGGAGACACGAGCCAAGCGAGAUCAGCCGGAUCAGAAGCAGCGGCAGGAAAAACAUCGACAAGGUAAUACGGACGAGGACAGAAGUCUAGGAGAUCCGGAUAAGGCGGAAAAGAAGAAACUGAAAACGGUUGCCGAAAUGAACAGGGAUGAUCGAGCGAAUGAAGCGGAAGAGGAUCCGGCGAAAGAAGAGGAAUCAGAGGAGUAUCAACAUGUUAAGGACGCGAAGCAGAGUGAUAAGACUACGCUGGACAACGCUACCGAGGAGCAAUCCAAGAAGAUUCAGCACAAGGAAAAUGAGAAAGAAAAUGAAGAGAAGGAGGAAGGAACAGAUGAAUUGAUGGAAGUGGAAGAACAGAAUGAAGUGCUGGAAGAACAGGAGAAAGAGUUGUUGGAGAGUGAAAAGAAUGAGAGCAAGAAAGAUAAACCAGCGAAGAAUAGAGACGAUCAUCAAGAGAAAGCGAAUGCUGUUGAAACCGUUGAAGUUGAAGGAGAAGUUAUUGAAACAGCGCAUGUAGCCAGAGGUGGUGAAACAACGGCUCAUACCGUCAUGGACAUCCUGAACGACAUGACCCUAGCGGAGGAACCAUCGACGGCCGAGCAGCUCGACAUGCGCAAAAUGGUCGAACAGGAAUCGCUGUCCGUUAAUACGGCCCAGCCAGAGCACGACGAUUUCGACCGUUGGCAGGAAAUUUCCAACCGUAUGCUUCCGAAUGCACGGGAACUGUGUGAACAGCUCCGCUUGAUUCUGGAACCGACCAAAUGCACACGACUGAAAGGUGACUACCGGACGGGACGUCGGAUCAACAUGAAAAAAAUCAUUCCCUACAUUGCGUCCCAGUUCCGUAAGGAUAAGAUCUGGCUGCGAAGGACGAAGGCGGCACAGCGAGACUAUAAGAUCACCAUUGCGAUUGAUGAUUCUAAAUCGAUGGAUCAUAAUAAUUCGAAGGAGCUGACCUUGCAAGCGAUCUCGCUUGUGUCGCAGGCGCUUACGCUGCUGGAAAGCGGUCGUUUGAAUGUGAUGUCAUUUGGAGAAUCGCCUAAAAUUUUGCUCAAACACUCCGAUCAGUUUGAUGGGCCGAAACUAGUCAAUUCGUUGAAUUUUGAGCAGGGUCAAAGCAGGAUUGCUGAGUUGUUGGACUUCGUUAGAACGUUCAACAGCGAGGACUUGUCGUCUUCAGACAACGGUAUAUUCGAAAAUCUUUUGCUCGUGCUCAGUGAUGGACGAAACAUUUACAGCGAGGGAGAGAAAAAGGUUAAGAAUUCCGUAAAACUGGCUCGCCUACAACGAAUAUUCGUGGUGUAUGUGAUUAUUGAUAAUCCAGAGAAUAAGCACUCGAUAAUGGAUAUCCGGGUACCGCUAUUUACACAGGACCGAAGUGAGAUUGUCAUGCAAUCCUAUCUGGAUGUAUUUCCUUUUCCGUAUUACGUAAUCGUACGAGAUUUAGGUCAGCUGCCCCUAGUUUUAAGUGACGCGAUGCGUCAGUGGUUCGAACUCGUCAACAGCGAACAGUAAGCGAAGUAAGCCUUCAAGUUAUAAGUUUUGUUUAUUGAUCUUUUUAUUAUAUUGUAAAACAAUAUAUAUUUUCUGAUCUAAAAUGUAAAUAUC